UUUUUUUUUAACGGUUUUUUUUUCUUUUUUCUCAAUUCACAUUUAGAAAAAAGCAUUAAAAAGUAUGGACCAUUUUGUUGAAGGUGCAUCCCAAGAUGACUUUACUUAUUUAGAAUACUCGGCCGAUACGCAAUCUUCACAACAAGCCUAUGAUUUUACUAGUGACUUUACCCAAACACCUCAUGAUGAGCCCGAUCUUUCGACAUUGUCAAUUUCUGAUAACUUACAAUUUGAAGAUACAGAUGAUUUGCAGCUAGCUGUUGAAGAGAAAAAGGAUUUGCCUGCUCAUGCUUGUAAAUAUUGUGGUAUCCAUUCACCUGCAUCUGUUGUCAAAUGUGUUACUUGUGAUCGAUGGUUUUGUAAUUCCAGAGGCAAUACCUCUGGCUCCCACAUCAUCAACCAUUUGGUAAGAGCUAAGCAUAAGGAGGUAGCCCUUCACCCAGAUUCACCAUUAGGUGAUACUGUAUUAGAAUGUUACAAUUGUGGUUGUCGUAAUGUCUUUUUAUUGGGCUUCAUUCCAGCUAAGAGUGAUACCGUAGUCGUAUUGAUCUGCAGACAACCUUGCGCAGCUGUUCCUUCUUCUAAAGAUAUGAAUUGGGAUACUACACAAUGGAUGCCUCUCAUAGAUGAUCGCUGUUUCUUGACUUGGCUUGUCAAGAUUCCUUCCGAUCAAGAACAAUUACGUGCACGUCAAAUUUCCUCAGCCCAAAUUAAUAAAUUAGAAGAAUUAUGGAAGGAGAAUAAGGAAGCUACCUUAGAGGAUUUAGAAAAACCAGGUGUAGAUGAUGAACCCCACCCUGUUUUACUAAGGUAUGAAGAUGCAUACCAAUAUCAAAAUAUUUUUGGCCCUUUAGUUAUGAUGGAAGCAGAAUAUGAUAAAAAGUUAAAGGAAUCACAGACAUGUGAUGACAUUGUAGUUCGUUGGGAUGUAGGUCUUAAUCAAAAAAACAUUGCAUGGUUCUAUUUCCCUAAAUUAGAAAUGGGUGAGAUCAAAUUAGCUGUUGGUGAUGAGCUUCGUUUAAGAUAUCGUGGUGAACUUCAUGAGCCAUGGAGUGCCACCGGCCAUGUUAUCAAGAUCCCCAAUAAUGUUAGUGAUGAAGUAGCUUUGGAAUUAACACGUUCUAAUAAAGCACCUACUGAAUGCACGCAUAACUUCUCUGUUGACUUUGUUUGGAAAUCAACAUCCUUUGAUCGUAUGCAAUCAGCUAUGAAGACCUUUGCAGUAGAUGAAACUAGCGUUAGUGGUUAUAUUUAUCAUCGACUUUUGGGACAUGAUGUUGAACCUCAAGUUUUAAAGACACAGAUGCCCAAACGAUUCUCUGCACCUUUUCUUCCUGAGCUUAAUCAUUCACAAGUUUAUGCUGUUAAGUCUGUUCUUCAAAAGCCGUUGAGUUUAAUUCAGGGUCCACCUGGUACGGGCAAAACAGUAACCUCCGCAUCUAUUGUUUAUCAUUUAGCCAAAAUGAACCCAGGACAAGUCCUUGUAUGCGCCCCAUCCAAUGUUGCUGUUGACCAAUUAGCAGAAAAAAUUCAUCAAACAGGUCUUAAAGUGGUUCGUAUCACUGCCAAAUCUCGUGAAGAGCUUGAUUCACCUGUUUCCUUCUUGACCUUGCAUGAACAGGUCCGAAAUAAUGACACUAAUAUUGAGCUCCAAAAACUAAUUCAUCUCAAGCAAGAUCAGGGAGAACUAAGUGCUGCAGAUGAAAAGAAAUAUAAAGCCUUAAAACGUGCUUGUGAAAAGGAGAUUUUACAAAAUGCAGAUGUCAUUUGUUGUACGAGUGUUGGUGCAGGAGACCCACGUAUUGCUAAAAUGCGAUUCAGAACUGUUUUGAUUGAUGAAGCUACUCAAGCUUCUGAACCUGAAUGCAUGAUCCCAUUAGUAUUAGGUUGUAAGCAAGCAGUUUUAGUGGGUGAUCAUCAACAAUUGGGUCCUGUCAUCAUGAACAAGAAGGCAGCACGUGCUGGCCUUUGCCAAUCACUCUUUGAACGUCUUGUUAUUUUAGGCAUUCGACCUAUUCGUUUGCAGGUUCAAUAUCGUAUGCAUCCCUGCUUGUCCGAAUUCCCCAGUAAUAUGUUUUAUGAAGGUACACUUCAGAAUGGUAUUACAACCCAAGAGCGUAUUCGUAAAAAUGUCGAUUUCCCUUGGCCUGUACCUGAAACUCCCAUGAUGUUUUACGUUAAUUUGGGUAAUGAAGAGAUUUCGACAUCUGGUACCUCCUACUUGAACCGUACAGAAGCAUCUAAUUGUGAAAAGAUUGUAACUCGCUUUAUGAAGUCUGGUGUAUUACCUUCGCAAAUUGGUAUUGUUACACCUUAUGAAGGACAGCGUUCGUAUAUUGUUCAAUAUAUGCAGUUUAAUGGAUCAUUACGUAAAGAUCUUUACAAGGAAAUUGAAGUGGCUAGUGUAGAUGCUUUCCAAGGUCGUGAAAAAGAUUAUAUUAUUCUGAGUUGUGUACGAUCAAAUGAACAUCAAGGAAUUGGGUUCUUGAGUGAUCCACGACGUUUGAAUGUUGCUUUGACACGUGCAAAAUAUGGUGUUGUAAUUCUUGGUAACCCUAAGAUCCUUAGCCGACAUCCUUUAUGGCAUCACUUGUUGGUACAUUAUAAAGAAAAGGGUUGUCUUGUCGAUGGUGCACUUAAUAACUUGCGUGUUUCAAUGAUUCAAUUCAAUCGUCCUCGAAAGACAUACCGCAAAGAUGAUAAAUUCCGACAAGGCCUUGCCCAUCAAGUAGAUGCUCGUGAAGCAUUUGCACGACCCCCAUUAGCAAUGGAUAAUCGACGUGGAAAAACAUAUGGUCAAGACUUUAUGCAAACGCAUGAUCCUAUUGGUUACAUUCCCUCUGAACUUAAUUCACUUCCAAGCUCUCAAUUCAGCAUUCCCUUUAUUCCUUCAGCCAGUGGACCUUUCACGCAAGACUUAUCGCAAUCAAGUGUUUUCAAUCGUAAGCAACGACAACAAACAGAUAAUACUGACUCAACACAGCGAUAUAUUCCCGGAUCAUCUACAUUUGCAAAUCAUGUGAUGGGAUGGCAACAAGGAUCGCAAAAUUUAUAUAGUAGUCAGACAUCCAUUGGAUUAGCACUUUCACAAAGUGACAGAUUACGUAUGAUGGCAGCAAGUCAAAAUACAAUGAGUCAGGAUACUGUACAGUACCCUUAUGAAGAUUAUAAAUCACAGGAUGUUACGUCAAUGAUGAGUCAAGAUUUUGAUAUUCGUAGCCAAGCAAGUCAAUCAUUCACUCAGUUUUAAAAUGAGGAGGAAAAAUAGAUUUUAAGAGGGCACGGAUUGGAUAUUAUUAUUUUGCUUUUGGUAAUGGUUAUCUCGAUGAUGUAUAUGUGUGUAUAUAUAUUCUCUCAUUUUUUUUUUAUACAAGUUCUUAUUGACUUUAGUAGUACAAUACAAUACAAAAGAAAAAGAUAAAGAAAAAAGAAAGAGAAAUAAUAUAUAUGUGUAUACCAGUAUAAUAGCAUUUUAAUAUGAAAAUAAAGGAUUAUUCAACAUAA